AAUGGCCCGCUUUGGAGACGAGAUGCCGGGCCGCUACGGCGCAGGCGGAGGAGGCUCAGGGCCGGCCGCCGGGGUGGUCGUGGGCGCCGCGGGCGGCCGAGGAGCCGGGGGCAGCCGGCAGGGCGGGCAGCCCGGAGCGCAGAGGAUGUACAAGCAGUCGAUGGCGCAGAGAGCGCGGACCAUGGCCCUCUACAACCCAAUCCCCGUCCGCCAGAACUGCCUCACGGUCAACCGCUCCCUGUUCCUCUUCAGUGAAGACAACGUGGUGAGAAAAUACGCCAAAAAGAUCACGGAAUGGCCUCCCUUCGAGUACAUGAUCCUGGCCACCAUCAUUGCCAACUGCAUCGUCCUGGCCCUGGAGCAGCACCUCCCUGAUGACGACAAGACGCCCAUGUCUGAGCGACUGGAUGACACGGAACCAUACUUCAUCGGAAUCUUCUGUUUCGAGGCUGGAAUUAAGAUCGUGGCUCUCGGCUUUGCCUUCCACAAAGGCUCCUACCUGAGGAAUGGCUGGAAUGUCAUGGACUUUGUCGUGGUGCUAACAGGCAUCUUGGCCACUGUCGGGACGGAGUUUGACCUACGGACACUGAGGGCGGUGCGUGUGCUGCGGCCACUCAAGCUGGUGUCUGGAAUCCCAAGUUUACAAGUCGUCCUGAAGUCAAUCAUGAAGGCGAUGAUUCCUCUGCUGCAGAUCGGCCUACUCCUGUUUUUUGCAAUCCUUAUUUUUGCAAUCAUAGGGUUAGAAUUUUAUAUGGGAAAAUUUCAUACCACCUGCUUUGAAGAGGGGACAGACGACAUCCAGGGUGAGUCGCCAGCUCCGUGUGGGACAGAGGAACCCGCCCGCACCUGCCCCAACGGGACCAAAUGUCAGCCGUACUGGGAAGGGCCGAACAACGGCAUCACUCAGUUCGACAACAUCCUGUUCGCUGUGCUCACUGUUUUCCAGUGUAUCACCAUGGAAGGCUGGACUGAUCUCCUCUACAAUAGCAACGAUGCCUCAGGGAACACUUGGAACUGGUUGUACUUCAUCCCCCUCAUCAUCAUCGGCUCCUUUUUUAUGCUGAACCUUGUGCUGGGUGUGCUGUCUGGCCAGGAUGCAGGAAGCUGCCAAACGCCUGGGUCAGCCUGGUCGGACUGUACAGUUAGCCAGGGGCGGUGGGUGUGGCCAGGGGUCCUUUCUUCACAGUCCUUGAGGGUCAACACCCUGGAAAACGCUUCAGGCAGGACCUUAACUCUGUUCUUCUCCUCAGAAGAGGUGAUCCUCGCAGAGGACGAGACAGACGUGGAGCAGAGGCACCCUUUUGAUGUUGGAGCUCUGCGGAGAGCUACCCUGAAGAAAAGCAAGACGGACCUGCUCAACCCUGAGGAGGCCGAGGACCAGCUGGCUGACAUUGCGUCUGUGGGGUCUCCCUUCGCCAGAGCCAGCAUUAAAAGUGCCAAGCUGGAGAACUCAACUUUUUUUCACAAAAAGGAGAGAAGGAUGCGUUUCUACAUCCGCCGCAUGGUCAAAACUCAGGCCUUCUACUGGACCGUGCUCAGUCUGGUAGCCCUCAACACGCUGUGCGUCGCCAUCGUCCACUACAACCAGCCCGAGUGGCUCUCGGACUUCCUCUACUAUGCAGAAUUCAUUUUCUUAGGACUCUUUAUGUCCGAAAUGUUUAUAAAAAUGUACGGGCUCGGGACUCGGCCUUACUUUCACUCUUCCUUCAACUGCUUUGACUGUGGGGUCAUCAUUGGGAGCAUCUUUGAAGUCAUCUGGGCCGUCAUAAAACCUGGCACAUCUUUUGGAAUCAGCGUGUUACGAGCUCUCAGGUUAUUGCGUAUUUUCAAAGUCACAAAGUACUGGGCAUCUCUCAGAAACCUGGUUGUCUCUCUUCUCAACUCCAUGAAGUCCAUCAUAAGUCUGUUGUUCCUCCUCUUCCUGUUCAUCGUUGUCUUUGCCCUCUUGGGGAUGCAGCUCUUUGGUGGCCAGUUUAAUUUUGAUGAGGGGACUCCUCCCACCAACUUCGACACUUUCCCAGCAGCAAUAAUGACUGUGUUUCAGAUCCUGACGGGCGAGGACUGGAAUGAGGUCAUGUACGAUGGGAUCAAGUCUCAGGGGGGCGUGCAGGGCGGCAUGGUGUUCUCCAUCUACUUCAUCGUCCUCACCCUCUUCGGGAACUACACCCUGCUGAAUGUGUUCUUGGCUAUCGCAGUGGACAAUCUGGCCAAUGCCCAGGAGCUCACCAAGGAUGAACAAGAAGAGGAGGAAGCGGCCAACCAGAAACUGGCACUGCAAAAAGCCAAGGAGGUGGCGGAAGUGAGUCCCCUGUCUGCGGCCAACAUGUCUAUAGCUGUGAAGGAGCAGCAGAAGAACCAGAAGCCCGCCAAGUCGGUGUGGGAGCAGCGCACCAGCGAGAUGCGCAAGCAGAACCUGCUGGCCAGCCGCGAGGCGCUGUACGGGGACGCGGCUGAGCGCUGGCCCACCCCCUACGCGCGCCCGCUGCGGCCGGACGUCAAGACGCACCUGGACCGGCCGCUCGUGGUGGACCCGCAGCGCAGGCCGCGUCCCCGCGAUGCCGCCAGGCCGGCCCGCGCUGCAGACGGCGACGGCGACGAUGGGGAGCGCAGGCGGCGACAUCGGCAUGGGCCCCCCGCCCACGACGACAGGGAACGCAGGCACCGGCGCAGGAAAGAGAACCAGGGCUCCGGGGUCCCCAUGUCUGGUCCCAACCUGUCCACCACCAGGCCAAUCCAGCAGGACCUGGGCCGCCAGGACCUGCCGCUGGCUGAGGACCUUGACAACAUGAAGAAUAACAAGUUGGCCACUGGGGAGCCUGCGAGUCCCCACGACAGCCUGGGCCACAGCGGCCUUCCCCCAAGCCCCACCAAGAUCGGGAACAGCACCAACCCUGGUCCCACCUUGGCCACCAACCCCCAGAACGCUGCCAGCCGCAGGAUGCCCAACAACCCGGGCAACCCGUCCAACCCCGGCCCCCCCAAGACCCCCGAGAACAGCCUUAUCGUCACCAACCCCAGCAGCACCCAGCCCAACUCAGCGAAGACUGCCAGGAAACCCGAGCACAUGGCGGUGGAGAUCCCCCCGGCCUGCCCGCCCCUCAACCACACCGUGGUCCAAGUAAACAAAAACGCCAACCCAGACCCACUGCCAAAGAAGGAGGAAGAGAAGAAGGAGGAAGAGGAGGCAGACCCCGGGGAGGACGGCCCCAAACCCAUGCCACCGUACAGCUCCAUGUUCAUCCUCUCCACCACUAACCCCCUUCGCCGGCUGUGCCAUUACAUCCUGAACCUGCGCUACUUCGAGAUGUGCAUCCUCAUGGUCAUCGCCAUGAGCAGCAUAGCGCUGGCCGCCGAGGACCCUGUGCAGCCCAAUGCGCCCCGCAACAACGUGCUGCGGUAUUUUGACUAUGUUUUUACGGGCGUGUUUACCUUUGAGAUGGUGAUCAAGAUGAUCGACCUGGGCCUCGUCUUGCAUCAGGGGGCCUACUUCCGUGAUCUGUGGAACAUUCUGGACUUCAUAGUGGUCAGUGGGGCCCUGGUGGCCUUUGCCUUCACUGGCAACAGCAAAGGAAAAGACAUCAACACCAUCAAGUCUCUCCGAGUCCUCCGGGUGCUACGACCUCUAAAGACCAUCAAGCGGCUGCCGAAGCUGAAGGCUGUGUUUGACUGUGUGGUGAACUCACUCAAGAAUGUCUUCAACAUCCUCAUUGUAUACAUGCUGUUCAUGUUCAUCUUCGCCGUGGUGGCUGUGCAGCUCUUCAAGGGCAAGUUCUUCCACUGUACAGAUGAGUCCAAGGAGUUCGAGAGAGACUGUCGAGGCAAGUACCUCCUGUACGAGAAGAACGAGGUGAAGGCCCGCGACCGUGAGUGGAAGAAGUACGAGUUCCACUACGACAACGUGCUCUGGGCCCUGCUCACGCUCUUCACCGUGUCCACGGGCGAGGGCUGGCCGCAGGUCCUCAAGCACUCAGUGGAUGCCACUUUUGAGAACCAGGGCCCCAGCCCCGGGUACCGCAUGGAGAUGUCCAUCUUCUACGUGGUGUACUUCGUAGUGUUUCCCUUCUUCUUUGUCAACAUCUUUGUGGCCUUGAUCAUCAUCACCUUUCAGGAGCAGGGAGACAAGAUGAUGGAGGAGUACAGCCUGGAGAAAAAUGAGAGGGCCUGCAUCGACUUCGCCAUCAGCGCCAAGCCGCUGACCAGGCACAUGCCCCAGAACAAGCAGAGCUUCCAGUACCGCAUGUGGCAGUUCGUGGUGUCCCCACCCUUUGAGUACACCAUCAUGGCCAUGAUCGCUCUCAACACCAUCGUGCUGAUGAUGAAGUUCUACGGAGCGUCUGUGGCCUACGAAAACGCCCUCCGAGUGUUUAACAUCGUCUUCACCUCGCUCUUCUCUCUCGAGUGUGUGCUGAAAGUCAUGGCCUUUGGGAUUUUGAAUUAUUUCCGCGAUGCCUGGAACAUCUUCGACUUUGUGACUGUUCUGGGCAGCAUCACAGACAUCCUCGUCACCGAGUUUGGGAAUAACUUCAUCAACCUGAGCUUUCUCCGCCUCUUCCGUGCCGCCCGACUCAUCAAACUCCUCCGGCAGGGUUACACCAUCCGUAUUCUCCUCUGGACCUUCGUGCAGUCCUUCAAGGCCCUACCAUAUGUCUGCCUGCUGAUCGCCAUGCUCUUCUUCAUCUACGCCAUCAUCGGGAUGCAGGUGUUUGGCAACAUCGGCAUUGAUGGGGAAGACGAGGACAGCGACGAGGAUGAGUUCCAAAUUACUGAGCACAAUAACUUCCGGACCUUCUUCCAGGCGCUAAUGCUUCUCUUCCGGAGCGCCACAGGAGAAGCGUGGCACAACAUCAUGCUCUCCUGCCUGAGUGGGAAGCCGUGUGAUAAGAACUCUGGGAUCCUCACAGCUGACUGUGGCAAUGAGUUUGCAUACUUCUACUUCGUCUCCUUCAUCUUCCUUUGCUCGUUUCUGAUGCUGAAUCUCUUCGUCGCUGUCAUAAUGGACAACUUCGAGUACCUCACCCGAGAUUCCUCCAUCCUGGGCCCCCACCACCUGGAUGAGUACGUGCGUGUCUGGGCCGAGUAUGACCCUGCUGCCUGCGGCCGCAUUCACUAUAAGGACAUGUACAGUUUAUUGCGAGUAAUAUCGCCCCCUCUCGGCUUAGGCAAGAAAUGUCCUCAUAGGGUUGCUUGCAAGAGACUCCUGCGGAUGGACCUGCCUGUAGCGGAUGACAACACAGUGCACUUCAACUCCACCCUCAUGGCUCUGAUCCGAACAGCCCUGGACAUCAAGAUUGCCAAGGGCGGGGCCGACAAGCAGCAGAUGGAUGCAGAACUCCGGAAGGAGAUGAUGGCCAUUUGGCCCAACCUGUCCCAGAAGACCCUGGAUCUGCUGGUCACACCUCACAAGUCCACGGAUCUGACUGUGGGUAAGAUCUACGCGGCCAUGAUGAUCAUGGAGUACUACCGUCAAAGCAAGGCCAAGAAACUGCAGGCCAUGCGGGAGGAGCAGAACCGGACACCACUCAUGUUCCAGCGCAUGGAGCCUCCAUCGCCAACACAGGAGGGCGGGCCCAGCCAGAACGCCCUUCCCUCCACUCAGCUGGAUCCAGGAGGAGGCCUGAUGGCUCCAGAGAGCGGCCUGAAGGAGAGCCCGUCCUGGGUGACCCAGCGGGCCCAAGAGAUGUUCCAGAAGACCGGCACGUGGAGCCCGGAGCGAGGGCCACCCAGCGACAUGCCCAACAGCCAGCCCAACCCACAGUCUGUGGAGAUGCGAGAAAUGGGUACGGAUGGCUACUCAGACAGCGAACACUACCUCCCCAUGGAAGGCCAGACCAGGGCCGCCUCCAUGCCCCGCCUCCCAGCAGAGAACCAGAGGAGAAGGGGCCGGCCACGUGGAAAUAACCUCAGUACCAUCUCUGAUACCAGCCCCAUGAAGCGCUCAGCCUCUGUGCUGGGACCCAAAGCCCGAAGACUGGAUGACUACUCACUGGAGCGGGUACCACCUGAGGAGAAUCAGCGGUACCACCAACGCCGCCGGGACCGGGAUCGGGAUCGGGAUCGGGACCGGGACCGGGACCGGGGCCACCGCACGUCCGAGCGCUCUCUGGGCCGCUACACUGAUGUGGACACAGGUAGGCUGCCACAGGACCCAGGACAGAGGCUCCACAAAGAAACAGAAGGUCAGGAAAGAGGAGGCGCCGCCCGCAGGGGCGCGCACGACGCGUACAGCGAGAGCGAGGACGACUGGUGCUAAGCCGCCCCGCCUCCCCGCGGCGCCCGCACUGCGCGGGCGCACGGCAAAUGACAAAAAACAAUAACGUUUUUAAAAAAGAAAACCGGGGAGAAAAACAAAAAUAGCUUCUAUUGAUGAGUUUUAUCAUCUCGAUUGAAUCUUUCGUUUUCCCGGUGAACGAAACCGAGGUGGCUGCGAGCCGGAGGGACGGCUGCGCGCCCCACACACUUCUCAGACCCACGGGAGUGCUUGCGGGCCACGCCAAACUUAUUACUGCCUGCAGAGAUCAACUACAAGAAAUAACACUAACAGUUUUUAAAAGGACAAAAAAAAAAAAAGAUUGAGAAAAACGGUUUUUUUUCUGACAUUUGGUCCUGCUUGAAAUAACAAAAGAAAAGAAAAAUUUACCAUCACCACCGAUUCCCUUGCUUCUUUUUUCCUUUAUCUUUUUAAAAACUUUUUUUUUCUUUUUUCCUAUCUUGUUUGAAAAACGUGGGCUUGGGACUGUGAAAUAUUGCAUGACAUUAAAAAGAACAAAAAAAAUAAUAAAAACGAAAAAACUUGAAUCCAA